AUGCCCCAAACUCUAUUUCGGGUUCUCCGCCCCAAGGAGUGGCAAGAGGCCGACAAAAGGGGGUAUCUCUGCGCCGCAGAUCCUCUUGAAGGCCCUCUCGAAAAUGACACAAUUCAAGACCAUGUGCUCAACGGCUCUACACACGUGUUGUCAUUUACGGCCGACUUGAACGUGGCUCUUGCUUUCGGUGGCUGCCUGUCCGAUAUCGCAGUGGUGCAAGAGGCUGGCCUGCCCAGUGAUCGCGUGUGUCGGUUGGACAAGGGGUACUUCCAAGAUCAGCACCUGUCAAACAAGCAGGCCAUUCAGCGAUCGAGGCGCUCCGACGAGGUGCUCGUGAGCUGCGAGAUCCCUUUCAAAAAGGUCGAACUCCUACGAACUAAUUGCACAAAUUGUGAGAGUGUCUUCGUGCCCCAGUUUGUGGACAAAGACCGAGCAGACUUUCCAUCUGAGGACAGUCUCAUGGCAGCCCUGAAUGAUCGCACCUCGCUCGGCGCCGAGCGCGUCAGCACGGCAAACAAACGAUUUUUCAAACUGAUUGUCAAUGGGACGACAUGGCUUGCUCGGACGCCACGGCCAAACGUUGACUUGGAAAAGCAAGUGCUGUUUGGUGAAGAGUUGGUUCAGCAGAGCUAUCAUGAAUUCGCCUGCUUUGGUGCAUAUCGUAUGCUAUGCAGUGAGCACGCUCCACGCUGCGUGCUGUACCGACUGAGCUUUGAAUGGGAGCCAGUCAACGGGCUGCCUGCUCCAUCAGCACCAGUGAGCUGGUCGCUGCUAUUGAUGGAAAAUUUAGAGUUCCAACCCGACCCAUCGCCUUCUGAACGGCUGCGCAGUGCCGCCCUGGCCCUGCUGCCGGUGGAUGUGCUCCUCGGCAACUGGUAUUGUGCCGGCGAUGCUGACACGUUUGAUCGGCUUGCGAGUGAACAUGAGGCAGUCUACGGCUGGCGCCCAAGUAGCGGGCAUUGGGUCCGCCUUGCGGUAGAUAGGGCACUUGAUGGCACGUUGGCCGAAGAUCUGGCCAAGGACGGCAAGCACAAUCGCCCUUUGAAAGAAAACCCACUCCUCCUCUUAAAAAGCUUGAAAAACGAACACGCCUGGCUGUACGCCAGCGUGACGGGCUUUGACUCAUUCAUGCAGAUGUAUGGUGGUCCCGACACGAAGCAUACCUUGAUGGAUGAAAUCGGUCAAUUUGUGAACUCUGUCCUUCCAGAAGACACAGGCUGCAUUGUUGAGGCUCUUAAAAUGCGAAAUAGUGAGCUUGUGAUGCGCCUGCCCUUUCAAAAACUGCGGCGGUCAGCUCCAGUUGCCUGUGAUGGCCACGCAGUUGUGUAUGUGGCCCUCCCCAAGCACAAGUACCUGUACUUGCUCGGUGGCAACAGCAAAAAAGGAGCAUUGCGCUCCGUCUAUAGGGCUGAACUGAGCAGCGACGGCGUGAGUGAUUGGAAGCCUAUGCGUGGCAUGCCAGUGAAAGGGCGCUACUCGUUCACGGCCACGCACUGGAACGAUUUCAUUGUCGUCUUUGGUGGCUUUGGUGGCUCUAGCUGCCCAGUUUCUUUCAACGACUUGCUAUUCUACAACAUUCACGAUGACAAAUGGAUAUCUCAGCGGCCUGCAAACCGUGAGAAGUGGCCUGACCCCCGGUGCCGGCACACUGCUACCUUGCAUAAAGGAUGUCUCUAUGUGAUUGGGGGCUGCGCGAAAAGCAGCCUUCACGACGUGUGGCGCGCUGAACUAGACGGACAAGGUCCAAAAGUGCGCUGGACAAAGCAAGGCUCUCUACUGAAGGCGGUGCACCGACACUGGGUGCUCGUACAAGGGGAUGCGCUGCUAGUGGUAGGUGGGUUUCAUCAGCCACUGUCCCGCAUUCAGCGCGUUCCAUUGGGACAAGACCCAACAGUCACAAUGCAUAUCACCAACCACGUUAACCUCGGCGAGACUGGUCGAGCUUCGCUUGUUGGCUUUGCGGCAGUCAUGGAUGAAGCUGACCGUCGACUCAUUGUGUUUGGAGGCGAUGUUCCACGCUCCAAAGGCAAGCAUGGAGCUCGCCAGCAUGUCACGCGUACUUUCGGGUCGAGGUGUCAGGCUCUCCGUCGUCAUUCUCACAUUAUCCAGUUGCAACUCUGUGAAAGUCAGCACAACGCUGCAUCGAAUGGUGAUGAGUUGGUGUGGAGCGAGUGGAAGCCACAUGCCGAUCUGGAUCAGUCAUCACGACUUCCCCCUUUGACAGGCUGGACCGCCACUUUGGUUGGUCACACCGUGUACUUGAUCGGUGGCCGGCGCGACGACUCAAACCCCUUCUCCGACUCUAUCUACGCCAUCAACCUUCGCCUGGAACACUCGCAACUGCUCAAACAGAUAGAGAUCAUCGGACGCGAACUGGAGGGAACCAUCCCGCAGUACCCUCAAAACCUCCGGGAUGAGGCCAUAUCCGCUGCCAAACGGGCGCUCCCAUCACUUCAAGUGACAACAAGCAACACGUGCCGCAGCGACCUGCGUGUUAUGACACUAAACGUUCACGAAUUUUUUGAUCCGUCCCGAUCGCGACUAUUAAAUCAUGAGGUCAACAAAUGCGUUUCCUUGUUUGCACCAGACGUGAUUUGCCUGCAAGAAGUCAAGCACCCUCUGCCCGCUGGGCGUGAGCCCUUGCGGCCGAGCUCGUCCUCAGACCACACUGCAUUGGACGCGUUGGCUGCGCAAGUGGGAGAUACAUUCCCCUUCUUUAAGGCCUACCCAAACGCUACAAUUGGAAACGCCAUACUCGCCCGUCAUGCCAGUGAGCAGACCGAGGUGUUUCAUGACAACACUGGCUGCCAAAACACCGUGCUUCGCGUUGUCAAGGGGUUUGAAUCCUGUGAUUUAGCAGUAGUUUCGACUCACCUGACAAGUCAAACCGAUUGUGAUCGACUACAGCUAGUCGAAUCACUGAGGAAAUGCUUACGAGGUUACUUUAAGAGGCCCCUAACAGCGGACUGCCAUGAGCUGCAGCUGACAUGCCUGCCGCACAUUCUCUGCGUUAGCUUCAAUGCAUCGCCCGAGCGGACGUCUGAAGCCCCGAGCCCCUCGGACAGACUGGACAUUCCUUCUCACAUUGUCUACGAGUACCUGACCCAAACGAAGGGAUACGUGGACCUGAACACUGAGUCGCUCCAGUCCACGUCGCAACACAGCAAGGCCUACAUUUUGUGCUCUCGUGCGUUGUGGUGCCGAGUUAAGUCGCACCACCUGCACGCGCAAGCAACAGGCUCUGACCACUUGGCGCUGCUGGCACACUUGACGCUUGCUCCUCGCAACAAUAUUGUGGGCCUGUGUGGCCCUGUCAACGUGCUUGAAAAAAUUUUAGCAAGCGACCGAGCCGCCAAGGUCCAAAAAGUGUUGUACAAAGCCCAAAAUGAUUUUCUAAAAGCGUGCGAGGCCAUGGCAAGGGACGGCGUCGAAAUGGUUGUGUUGUAUGGAGAGCAUGUUGGCCACGUGGCGCCAGCACUGGAUCGGCUCUUUGUCCUUCAAGAUGGUGAUCCAACUGACGAGUUCCGAUAUAUGGCCAACAGCGAGCUGUGUGGUUCUGCUGCGGAGGCAGCGGAGCGUUUGGCUGAUUACUUCUGCCUCUUUAACCUUUGA